CAUUAUGGCAACAUUGUGUUAGUUUAGGACCAUUCUAAAAAUUGAAUGCAUGUUGCAUGUUCUAUCUAAAUUACAUUUUCGUGCGAAAUUAAUUUUGCAUGGGGUGAAGUCGCGUAGUAGUUAACGUAGCUGACGUUGAAGCCAACGUUACUUCCCUACUCAUCAUCUUAGAAUAUUUUUUUGGCUAGUCUGGGGCAUCAUGUGAUAGACCCGGAUAAGCAAACACGAAUGCUUCUAACAUGAUGAACGUUUAGGUUGUGUGAUAUCUCGCUAGGACGAAGUUUAAUUCGUGGACUCUAUCUUAUGGCAAUAUUAUUAAACUGUAUGUACUGUUAUGUAUGGUUUUCUCUCCUAUUAUGCGCUGUAGGGUCAACGGAAGGUGUGAAUACACGAUAUUCUCUAGGCGAUGACCUUCUAUUACCCUACCCCGCUGGGUCCCAGCAUGGCUCUCCCCAUUCCCACCGGCACGUGAGAGACUGCCAGCCUGUUGUCCAUGGUAACGUCACCCACGAGACCUGGCCUGCCCACAACCGCAGUGUAUCCCCUGUGGCUGAGUCCAGGGUGUUUGUGUCAGCCAUAUCCUCCAGGUGGGUGAGCGGUCACAUCACUGUGGUCAGCGACCCCCUGAGGACCGUGUCCGUGUUGGAGCCCGGGGGCCAGGGGGGCUGCCAGCAGCGCCGGAGGACACAGGUGUCAGAGACAGCCAGACCGAAGAAGUGCCUGUACGCGCAGAACGGAGGUUUCUUUGACACGAAAAAUUUCUCUUGUCUGGGAAACGUGGUGAGCGAUGGAGAAAUGGUGCAGGACAGUCGAGGAGUGCAGAACGCUCAGUUUGGGAUCAGGAAGGAUGGCACACUGGUCUUUGGGUACCUGUCUGAGGAGGACGUACUGGAGCGAGAGAACCCGUUUGUGCAGCUGCUCUCCGGGGUGGUGUGGCUGCUCAGGAACGGGGAGGUGUACAUCAAUGAGAGCAUGAAGGCCGAGUGCAGCAAGUCCCAGCAGACAGGAUCAUUUGGGGAGUUUGUGAAUGUGCUGUCGGCCAGGACAGCCGUGGGUCACGAUGCUGAGGGCAGACUCGUCCUCUUCCACAUUGACGGCCAGACGAAGACCCGAGGCAUGAACCUGUGGGAAGUGGCCAUUUUCCUUCAGAGUCAGGGGGUCAUCAACGCCAUCAACCUGGACGGAGGAGGUUCCGCCACCUACGUGGUCAACGGUUCCCUGGCCAGCUACCCCUCUGACCACUGUGAGCUGCCCAUGUGGCGCUGCCCGCGCAACGUCUCCACCGUGCUGUGCAUCCACGAGCCCCUGUGCCAGCCCGAGGACUGCAGCGGACACGGGACCUGUGUCCAGGGGCACUGCCAGUGCCACCCAGGGUGGCGAGACCCAGAUUGUGCCAGACUAGUGUGCCAGCCCCCGGCAUGCGGUGACCACGGAGUGUGCACAGACGGUGGUUGUGCCUGUGAUGCCGGCUGGAUAGGCUCAAACUGUAGCCAAGUGUGUCCUAUGGGUUUCUAUGGCGACGGCUGCAAUCAAACAUGCAGAUGUGCAAAUGGAGGCACAUGCGACCCCGUCCACGGCAGCUGCUCUUGUCUGGCCGGUUUCCAUGGUGAUCUGUGUGAACAAGAAUGCCCCCUAGGCUUCUACGGACUGAGCUGUCUGAUGCCGUGCCAGUGCGCAGACAUGUGUCCCUGUGACCCUGCCACAGGAAGCUGCAACGUCACCUUCCAAAGAGAGCAAAACCACACCAUGCACAGAGUUGGCCACUGCCUUGCCGUGGGGCUGUGGAGAGACUGGAAGGGAGAGGAGGACGCACACACACCAAAGCCUUACUUUACUGAGCAGACCUGGCUCGCUAUUGCCACAGUCUUGGCCUCUCUACUGAUGGCGAGUGUGGCCGGUAACCUGAUCCAAGCGUGCCGAAAAUGUAGCAUGCGGCCCAGCCAGGCACGGUACUCUUACACCCCCCUGCAGGAGCUAAACGGGGGCCUGAGCCGGGGAGAGGAGCUGGGCGGAGGUAGGGGCAAGAGAGGAGGGGGAGGGGACUUCCAGCUGGAGGACUCGGAUGAGGAUUCCUCCUGAUAGGAGCCACCAGAGAAUGUGCCUGUGUGUUUGUUUCUGUGUGUGUGUGUGUGUGUGUGUGUGUGUGUGUGUGUGUGUGUGUGUGUGUGUGUGCGCGUCUGUGUCUGUGAGAGAGAGAGAGAAAGAAAGAGAGAGAGACUGCAAGACACAGAGAGUGAAAUAAUGAGAGAGAAGUUGAUGUAUAAAAUUGUUUCUUUGUGUGCUUGCAUCUCUGUGUCUAUACUUGCUGUCCUGUGACUCCACAGAAGUCCCUGCCUUAGCGAGUGCCUCAGAGGGGUUUUUUUUGCACUGAGAGCCCUGCUGUCCACAAUCCACACUCAUUAGCACUUGCUUCCCAUUAGUCAAAGAGAGGGAGGGAGGGAGGGAGAGAAGAGAAGAGAGAGGGAGGGAGGGAGGGAAAGAGAGAGAGGAGAGAAGGGCCGUAUCAAAACAAGUCCUCGUUGGUGCUAGUCCCUUUUGUCCUUGCUCAUAAUCAGUGAUUCUGGUGAAGCUCCGCCAUUGUGGCUGGCGUUCUGGGUCACAGGCAAAGCCGACGGAGUGAAGCUGUCAGUCCCACACUCUCAGUCCAGCUGGCCCCAUAGAAUGGCCUGGCCAAAAAGCCUGAAAAAGAUCCUUGUAAUAGUGUGUGGGGGUGUUUAAAGGACCACUGACAGAGCCAAAGCCAAAGUUGGCAAAGGAUUUAAGUUUAAGGUUUAAGUGCUAACUUUUAAACAGUUGGCGUAGACAAGAUCACAGAUGACAUUCCUUUUUUUCUGUCAUAUCAAGAUGAGGCCAUUUCCAUUGUGUCUAUUUUAUACGACAAAUAAUUUAUGUUUUUUCUGCGCAAGUGUGGUGAGAACAAAGGCUACUGGUAUUCUGUUGACAGAAAACAAAAGACAAACAAAAAAAACUGCACCCAUGCUUUUUUACAGCUUACCCCUUUAAAAGUUUAGGAAUCUAGUAUAGGUGUUUUGUUUUCUGUGAACACAAGGUAUGUGUACGAAGUAUAUACCCUGUUGGAAUUUUACAAACUACUGUUUACAAACUCUGCUUUUAACCAUGUUAUGUACAGUGCACUGUGAAACAUUAUGAGGAUGUUGGGCUCAUUAUAGGUCACUUUUUUGAUAUCAUGCACAGUGGCGUGUAUUUUACUUGGGGUGACCUGCCUUUCCUGUUUUUUGAAGACCUCAUUUUUAGUGGGAAGGGACUAAAUCCAGAUAUCUAGCAAUGGGAUUCAUGAUGGGGAAUUCAUUUUAUCCACCAUCCUGGAUUUGGCAUGAUUGGGAAGAAAAAAACUAGUCAGCCUCUGUGUUCUGUGGGGUAACCUGAAUGUCAACGCAGUUAUGGAUGGUCUUCUGUAGUCCCCCUCUUAGUCCCAACAGCCUGAGGACAAUGCAACAGAGACACGUGUCCCGUAGGCUGCAGCACAUAUUGUCCAGGGGGAUAGGAUUAAUAUGAAGGACAUUGCAUGGGCUCUAGAGCAUUACAAGAAGAAUGAAGAGGCCUCAAUUCCAUCCGUCAAGCCACCCCCUGUUACCAUAGCAACCUGGUUCCUCUUCAUCUGCUCGGAUUUGUUCGCAGCACUUGGACAAAAAUCUUUUUAAAAAGCAUCCAUCUGGCUUGGGACCCUGUUUUGCAUGAGAUUUCCCUAGCAGGGAGUCAACUGUAGCACAGAUGACUAUUAUACAAACACAAGCCAGGGCUGCCAUCAAAAGCAGCUGGCUUUCCAUGGCCAGUCCUGCUCUCUUGCUGUUGCCCACAGGGACUUUUGCUGAGCAGCCAACUGGGUCAUAUUUUGCGGAAGGUGUGUCGAGGUAUCCCAAAAGGACCAUGGUCUGAGGCGGGAAGUAAUCAUUAUGCAUUCCUUUAUGUGGGUUUGACAAGUUAAUAUUUGAUGAAUGUUUUUGCCAGCUUAUCAUUUAAUAUUAUGCUAUUUUCAUUUGACAGUAUGAUGAUUAAUGUAAGAUGUUUCCUUCGUAUGUCUUUUAUGGCCAUGUUCUUUUGAGAAAGAUUAUGUUGGGAGUCAGUUGCCCUAGGUGUGGCUGUGGUUUCAUGUGUCCUACAUUAAGAUCUGGUCAGCUUUGUAUAACUUUUUUUUAUGAGAUGAGACCGGCUUUGAUCGCAGGACCUUGACUGACCAAGGAACCAAAUGUGCUCCUGGUAGCCAUUUCUGGUGGGUGGGUGAAAGCUUUUCUUGAAGUUGACUUACACAGCUAAUAACAAAUACCGUGAGAACAAUGCAGUGUCCAUUCUUAUUCAACGCCUGACUGAUUCCCAAAAUAUGUUUGGCCCAAGGAAGUUCUUUGCUAGUGUUCUUUUUUUUAAAAGGCUAAUGUGACUUUCUAAAGAUUAAUAUAUGUUUCAAAGUGUUUUUUCUUUGUGUCAUGCAGAGAAACACUUGGUCAGCCAGUUUUACAAAAUAUUCUCAGGUUCUUUCUAGACAUUUUUUAAAUAUUUCUUUUGGUGUGCCUGUUAACUAAUGUCUUGUGCCAGGGCAGGAGGUUUGAUAUGGAACAGAUACUGAGCAUAUUCCACGUUCAAAUGUCAAUAUUUAUGACUAUGGCAAAGAAUAACACCAAUUUAUAUAUUUUAGACUAGCUUGCAUGAGUAGUUGAUUCCAGUGUAUUCAGAUUGCUGAUAAAUCAUGUCACUGUGCACUUUGUUCAAUAGGUCCUAUCGGGUACAAAAUCAUUUUUGCUGGACAUUGUCUUUCAUAAUCAAAAGUAGAAAACUAAGCUGAAUUUCUCAAAAUAAAUCCUACAUGCCAUGCCAUUGA